GGAGGGACAAAGGAAGAGGAGGAGCGGCGGGAGUCGCGGCCCCAGCCACGCUCCGGCCGCGGCGCCGCCGGUGUCGCCGCCCCGGUACCGGCCGAGCGGCGUUUCCAUCCCCAAACCUCGGCCGGGACAGCAGCAGGAGGAGGAGGAGGAGGAGGCGAGGAAGAGGAAGAUGGCCCGGGAGCCGCAGGCAGAGCAGGGCACGGAGAGCGGGGAGGAGAAAUCCUCACAGCGCGGGGAGGAGAAAUCCUCACGGCAGAGCCUGGAGGAAGAGCCUGUCCUGAGCUUGGAGGAGAAAUCCUCACGGCAGAGCCUGGAGGAAGAGCCUGUCCUGAGCUUGGAGGAGAAAUCCUCACGGCAGAGCCUGGAGGAAGAGCCCGUCCUGAACGGGGAGGAGAAAUGCUCACAGCAGAGCCGGGUGGAAGAGCCCGUCCUGAGCUUGGAGGAGAAAUCCUCACAGCAGAGCCGGGUGGAAGAGCCCGUCCUGAGCUUGGUGGAGAAAUCCUCAUGGCAGAGCCAGGUGGAAGAGCCCGUCCUGAACAGGGAGGAGAAAUCCUCACAGCGGAGCCGGGUGGAAGAGCCCAUCCACCACAGGAUCCACACCGGGGAGAAACCCUACGGGUGUCCCCAGUGCCAGAAGAGGUUUCGGAGCAGCUCGGAGCUUCUCAAGCACCAGCGCUCGCACACGGACGAGAAACCGUUCCGCUGCCCCGACUGCGGGAAGGGCUUCAGGGCCAACGCCACCCUGACCACCCACCGGCUCAUCCACACCGGGGAGAAGCCCUACGGGUGUCCCCGGUGUGGGAAGAGCUUCAGGACGAGGUGCAGCCUGAUCUCCCACCACUUCAUCCACACGGGAGAGCGGCCCUACGACUGCGGGCAGUGCGGGAAGAGCUUCCGACGGAGCUGCCACCUGGUCGCCCACCAGAAGACACACGCGGCACGUCAGCGCGGAUCCCCGGGGGAAAAACCCAGCCCGGUACCGGGAGGCGGCCGGAGCUCGGAGCCGGGGCCCCGCAAGCGGCCCCAGCAUGGGAAGAAGCCCCAGAGGUGCUCGGAAUGCGGGAAGAGCUUCACGUGCAAAUCCUCCCUGCUCUACCACAGCAAAAUCCACAGCGGGGAGAGGCCCUACAAGUGUGGGCAGUGCGGGAAGAGCUUCAUUUUGGGCUCCGAGCUGGUGAGACACCGGAGGAUCCACACCGGGGAACGGCCCUACAAGUGCGGGCAGUGCGGGAAGACCUUCAUGAGGAGCUCCCACCUGCUCUACCACUGGAGGAGCCACACCGGGGAGAGGCCCUACAAGUGUCCCCAGUGUGGGAAGAGCUUCAGGACGAGCUCCUGCAUGAUGGAGCACCGGAGGAGCCACACCGGGGAACGGCCCUACGAGUGCGGGCAGUGCGGGAAGAGCUUCACGCUGAGGUCCCACCACAGGAUCCACCGGAGGAUCCACACCGGGGAGAGGCCCUACGGGUGCGGGGAGUGCGGGAAGAGCUUCAGGACGAGCUCCUCGCUCAACGCCCACCGCAGGAUCCACAGCGGGGAGAGGCCCUACGAGUGCGAGCAGUGCCAGAAGAGGUUUCAGACCAGGCCUGGCCUCCUCAGGCACCAGCGCUCGCACACGGACGAGAAACCGUUCCGCUGCCCCGACUGCGGGAAGGGCUUCAGGGCCAACUCCGUCCUCGUCAACCACCGGCGCACCCACACCGGGGAGAAGCCCUUCGGCUGUGGGGAGUGCGGGAAGAGCUUCGGUUGGAAGUGCCAGCUGAAGGUCCACCAGAGGAGCCACACCGGGGAACAGCCCUACAAGUGUGACCAGUGCGGGAAGAGCUUCACGCAGAGCUCGGGCCUGAGCGCCCACCAGAGGAGCCACACCGGGGAGAAACCCUACGGGUGCGGGGAGUGCGGGAAGAGCUUC